UCAGCUACACAUGUCUGGCUUCUCUUAUCAACUUAUCAUAUAAGGAAAGGAAAGUGAUUGAUUCAGAUACCGAAGCUGUAAAAUCGUGACAAAGACGAGCAGAAGAAAGCAUUCAAGCUUAUUCUUAAAGCGAACCCGGCUCCUGCAGGGUAAACGGGACUGCUUUGCCUUUCCGCAUCUGACAGUUCGGAGCACGACCGGGGAGCGGACGGCACGCUUGCAGUUUGCAGCUAGGACAGCAGAAAAGCCCAGCUCUCAUUCAGACGACACAUGGCAGCAGAGCGCUGAAUUUCAGUGCAGGUUAACUACAUCUGGGUUCUUGUUAGUAUACUGAAGCCGUUCAGAUUUGCUGGGUUACGAAUUAAAAUGCGGCUGAGCGUUUACUUUACUUUGAGCUGCAAUCUCUUCUUAGCUUCAGGAUACAACUCCUUUAGUAAAAGCAUGGAGACUAUAGGCAAGAAGCAGUACCAGGUUCAGCACGGGUCAUGCAGCUAUACCUUCCUUUUGCCUGAGACAGACAACUGCCGAUCUUCCAGCUCUUACGUGUCUAACGCAGUGCAAAGGGAUGCACCUUUAGAUUACGAUGAUUCAGUACAAAGACUGCAACUACUUGAAAACAUCAUGGAAAACAACACUCAGUGGCUAAUGAAGCUUGAGAAUUACAUCCAAGACAGUAUGAAGAAAGAAAUGGUAGAGAUCCAGCAAACUGCAGUGCAGAACCAGACUGCAGUAAUGAUUGAAAUAGGUACAAACUUAUUAAAUCAAACAGCUGAACAGACCCGCAAAUUAACAGAUGUUGAAGCACAAGUAUUAAACCAGACAACCAGACUUGAACUUCAGCUUUUGGAACACUCUCUUUCAACAAACAAAUUAGAAAGGCAGAUUUCAGAUCAGACGAACGAGAUAACUAAACUACAAGAAAAAAACAGCUUUCUAGAAAAAAGAGUUCUUGAGAUGGAAGACAAGCACACACUGCAGCUAAAGUCAAUAAAAGAUGAAAAAGAUCAGCUUCAAGUACUAGUAUCCAGACAGAAUUCUAUCAUAGAAGAACUAGAAAAACAGUUAGUUACAGCUACAGUAAACAACUCAGUUCUGCAAAAACAGCAACACGAUCUGAUGGAAACUGUUCAUAACUUGCUUACUAUGAUCUCUACACCAAACGCAGCUAAAAACAACUUCAUAGCUAAAGAGGAGCAAAUCAGUUUCAAAGAUUGUGCUGAAGCAUUUAAAUCUGGCCUCACAACAAGUGGAAUCUACACCUUAACAGUUCCUAACACUGCAGAAGAAAAGAAGGCUUACUGUGACAUGGAAACUGGUGGAGGAGGCUGGACAAUUAUUCAGAGACGUGAAGAUGGCAGUGUGGAUUUUCACCGGACAUGGAAAGAGUACAAGAUGGGAUUUGGUGAUCCUGCUGGGGAGUACUGGCUGGGAAAUGAGUUUGUUUCUCAACUGACUAAUCAGAAGCGUUAUGUUCUUAAAAUAUACCUGAAAGACUGGGAAGGAAAUGAGGCAUAUUCACUGUACGACCACUUCUACCUAUCUGGUGAAGAACUAAAGUACAGGAUCCACCUUAAAGGACUUACUGGGACAGCAGGCAAAAUAAGUAGUAUAAGCCAACCAGGAAAUGAUUUUAGCACAAAGGAUGCAGACAAUGACAAAUGUAUUUGCAAAUGUUCACAAAUGCUAACAGGAGGAUGGUGGUUCGAUGCAUGUGGUCCUUCUAACCUCAAUGGAAUGUAUUAUCCAUUACGACAGAACAACAACAAGUUUAAUGGUAUCAAGUGGUACUACUGGAAAGGGUCAGGAUACUCUCUCAAAGCCACAACUAUGAUGAUUCGACCAGCAGAUUUCUAAAUGCUUUUGCAUUCUUACAUGAAUUAUGUAUUGUAUAGUCUUCAAGGACUUCAUUUGCCGAGCACAUAAACACACAUCUGCAACUUGUUUCGUUUUCAAGCCCGGAAAACAUGCGCUAGUGUUCUGAAGGGAUCGGUUCAUUCCAAUUCCCGAAUUGCAAUAGCUUCGAUCAGCUAAAGCUCAUAUUAUUCAUGUCUAAAGUAUGAACCUGAUACAACAGUGAAUUGGCCAAAAGACUGAAUAAAAAGAACAUCCAAGAAACUGUCAGACAACAUAAAGGACUCUGUUUUAUUGAUCAUUUAUGUAUGUGUUAGUAAAUAACUGGAACUGUGAAAAACAUCUAAAAUAGUUUUAGAAAUUUGCCUUUUGCUUCAUCACUGAACUUUAAACAUUACUCUAAUAUAAAACACUUAACUAGAUCUAGAAUAUUUAUCUCUUCAUGUCAUGUUUGCUAUUUAUGUACAUAAAAAAAAUACUAUCCUGUAAUUAGCUCUAUACCAUAGUUAAAGAAUAUAUUCUCUCUCCUAUAGUCCCCUAAACUUAUGCUUAUUCAGGGAUUUUUUUCCAAUAGCUUGUAUUACUUAACAAGGGUUAAAUAGCAUUUAAGUACUUUGCAUUCAUUCUUGGGAAAUACCAUGCUAAAGAAAAAAGAAAAAAGAAAAAA